AUGUUUCGCGCGCAGCAGAAUGCCUUCGACGAUGCCGUCGCCAAGGCGACGGACGAGAACCUCACAUCCGAGAACUGGGAAUACAUUCUUUUGGGUCAGAAGAAUCAGGGUAUGCGGAACAAUUCGAAUGACAGCUCCACUGAAGGAACCCCUACUGAUUAGAAUACACGACGGUAUAGUGCGAAGGAAGCU